AUGACUGAUACGAAUAAAUUAAAUAAAGCUCUUUGGACAAAUAUUACUCAACUUAAAUUAUCGAAUAAAGAAGAUGCACCAGUAAGAUUUUUACUUGAUAAAUCACCAUUCGAUGAAAAUGAUGAUGAUGAUGAAACCUCAACGAAAAAUACUGAAUAUGUUAUUAUUGGGCGAAUAUUACCAAAUUCAGAUAUAUUUAAAAAAAGUGCAUUUCAACUAGAAAUGAAAUUAACAUUAAAUUAUCCAUUUCAACCUCCUGAAGUUAGAUUUUUAACUCCGAUUUAUCAUCCAAAUGUUGAUAAAGAUGGUAAAUUUUGUCAUCCACUAUUAACAAAAGCUACAAGAUGGAAAUCUGGAACGACUUUAAUCGAUGUUGUUAAAGCUAUUGUUGAACAUAUUGACAAUCCAGAUAUUGAUUAUUCAGUCAAUCUCGAUAUAGGUAAAGAAUAUAUGGAAAAUCGAACGGAAUUCAAUCGAAAAUCUUUGGAAAUGAUUCAACGAUAUAGAUUAUCUCGGAAUUAA